GCAGCCGCCUGCCUGAAAUCGAAAUCGGAAGAAGCCUUCAAGUUGAGAUGACGACAAACUUGGCACUUUAUCGCCUGUUGGUGUUCAAUUUGCUGGAAAUCAAUUUGAGAAAUGUUUUGGUGUUCCACUGCUGGUCGAGGCCGGACGCCUAUCCCUUGGCUGUGAUGAUGAGUGAGAGCCACAUCUAUUCGCAAUAUAUUGAACUGCAAGAGAAUGCUGAAGGCUUGGCCAACAUACACAAGGACUACUUGGACAGCGAAAGCGAUGUCCCCAGAAUGGCUGUGUUCCUGGACUUGGGUUGUCCUCUUGCGGAUUUCAUAACAAAUAAGUCCAGUCGUGCCCGUCUCUAUAACCGUCGCUAUCAUUGGCUGCUUUUCGAUCAAAUGGGUAACCUCUCGAAUCUGGCCGAGCUCUUUGUCCGUGCCAAUAUCAGCCUGGAUGCCGAUGUGACCUUCAUCGAGCAGCGGCAGGAGGAGGACGAAGGAGAACUCUUUGUGUUGCAUGAUGUCUACAACAAAGGCUGCCACUUGGGUGGCGUGCUCAACAUAACCAUUGAUCAGAGUGUCCAGUGCAAUGGCAGCAGCUGCUGGGUCAGGGACCACCUCAGCGAUCUGCACGAGCGGACGCGGCUGCAGCAGCGCAUGGAUCUGACCAACAUCACCCUUCGAAUGGCUGCCUUGGUCUCUGUGUUGCCGCUCACUUCCAAGGAGGAUAUUCUUAUGGGAUUCCUAAACAGCGAGCAGGAUGCCCAUUUGGAUUCUUUUUCACGUAUGGGCCAUCGCCUCAUCCUGCAUAUGCAAGAAAUGCUCCAUUUCAACUUGAGCUACAUUUGGGUGGGUGAGUGGAGCAUCCAGGAUGCAUAUGGCGGAGCCAUCGGCUUGCUGGGCAAUGAGUCGGUCGAGCUGUGCAGCACUCCGUUUACUCCCAGCUGGGACCGCAUGCACUACGUUCAUCCCAUGGCCGAGCUGGCCGAGUUUCGAGCCGUUUGCAUGUUUCGUACGCCACACAAUGCCGGCAUCAAGGCGACCGUGUUCCUGGAGCCCUUCCAGCCCAGCGUCUGGCUGGCCUUUGGGGCUGUGCUGAUGCUUGCCGGCUGCCUGCUGUGGCUGAUCUUUCGCCUGGAACAGCACGGGAUGCAGCGGUGUCUGGAGUUUAUGCCUUCCCUGCUCAGCAGCUGCCUGAUCAGCCUGGGUGCUGCCUGCAUACAGGGCUCCCACUUGCUGCCCAAGUCCACGGGUGGAAGACUGGCAUUCAUUGCCGUCAUGCUGACUUCCUUCCUCAUGUACAACUACUACACUUCGAUUGUGGUAUCCACGCUCCUCGGAUCCCCAGUGCGCUCCAACAUAAAGACCGUGCAACAGUUGGCGGACAGCUCCCUGGAUGUGGGCGUCGAUAAUGUUCCAUUUACCAAAGCAUAUUUGACGUCCUCGCCCCGUCCGGAUAUACGCAGCCUGUACAGGCAGAAGGUGGAGAACAAGCGGGAUCCCUCGACCGUCUGGUAUGAGCCGGAGGAGGGUGUGAUCAAGGUGCGCGAUCAGCCUGGAUUUGUCUACAUCUCAGAGGCUUCCUUCAUGUAUCAUUAUGUGGAGAAACACUAUCUGCCCCGGGAGAUCUCUGACCUCAAUGAGAUCUUGCUGCGGUACGAAGGCGCCGUCUACCACAUGAUCCACCUGAACAGCAGCUAUCGGGAGCUGAUCAGCCAGCUCGAGAUUCGUUUUGUCGAGUGUGGCCUGAUCUCAAAGCAGCGGCGCUUCUUCACCAAAAGCAGGCUGCAGACCUACACCAACAGCUUUGUCAUCCAAGUGGGAAUGGAGUACGCUGCUCCACUCUUUCUCUCCCUAUUGGUUGCGUAUUUCAUGGCUCUGCUCAUUCUACUCUUGGAACUGGCCUGGAAACGAACUGAAAGACAGACCUUGACUCUGGGCAGCAAUCUCUUGCCCCACGAGCAGUGA